AAAAGGUAUUUUCGUGUUCAAUUAAAUCUCAAGUACUAAUAACGCAGGGCAUUAAAAUGAUGUAACUGUUUUGCUUAUGAAAUAAAAAUAAAUACAGUAAAUUUAUAAGGUAAUUUUCUACCUCUUAAAGUCAGUUUUCAUUAAUAUUCUCAUACAUUUCGAAACCAUAAUUUAAAAUUUGCGCGUAAAUAUUCUUAAAAUGGCGCCGUUAUUAUUCGUUUAGUAAUGACCGGAGUCUGCAAAUUCAUUGAGUAUUGUAAUUAUUUCAAUUGAUAUAAUACUUAAAAUUGCACAGAAAAUCGUUUAUAGUUAUUUUAUUAUGAUUUAAACAAUUUGUUGAUCUUAAGUAGGACAAGUAAUAAACAAAAGCGCAUCAUUUAAAAUUUGUUUUUAACCUUACGUUGUAUGGUGCUCGGAGUGCUACGGAUUCGAGCUAUACGUGGAGAGGAACUGGCGCGUCGGGAUUUUCUUCAUUAAAAUUAGAAAACGCCAAAGAUUGGUGCUCCUUCGGAAGUAAUAUCAGUUUAAAAGUUAUUCUUCGUUCUAACUAUGGUUCUUGCCGAAAGAAAUACAGAUAGUUUGAGGAAUGGACGGAGGUCUAGAGGACCUAGCCCGAAUGGUCAUGUUUCUGAUUCUAGUAGCGAAGAAGAAGGUGCAGAGAAGAUAAGAGUCGGCAGAGACUUUCAAGCAAUAGUUCCUGAAUGUAUACCUGUAAAUGAGCGAAGGCCGGAGCAGUGCAGCGAACGAGCACUCUUGGUGUGGUCGCCAACCAACGACAUUCCGGACCAGAAACUGGACGAGUACAUCUCCCUCGCCAAGGAGAAGUACGGCUACAACGGGGAACAGGCGCUCGGCAUGCUGUUCUGGCACAAGCACGACUUGGAGCGCGCCAUCAGCGACCUCGCCAACUUCACGCCAUUCCCCGACGAGUGGACGGUGGAGGACAAGGUGCUGUUCGAGCAGGCCUUCCAGUUCCACGGCAAGAGCUUCCACCGCAUCAGACAAAUGCUGCCCGACAAGUCCAUAGCGAGUCUGGUGAAGUACUACUACUCGUGGAAGAAGACUCGGAGUCGCACCAGCCUGAUGGACCGCCAGGUGAGGAAGCUGGCCGUGCAUCGCGAAGAAGGCAGCGAGGGAGGCUCCGAGCUCGGCUCCAACACGGACUCCGACUCUGACGAUAAGAAAUGGACCAUUCACAGGGGUAUUCGUCGCAAGAGUGGCUCGCCACCUCACUCCGCACAAAACAGCGAAGACCAGAGUCAGAAGGACGCCGCGGACGGGGGCAAGAGUGCGUGCUCGAACUGCGGGGUGGCGUGCACACACGUCCACAUCUCGCCCAAGGGUAGCAUGUGCAGCACGUGCUUCCAGCACUGGAGGCGGACGGGCAGCGUCCGGCCGACCACGGGCCCGGUGAAGCGCGACAGGCACUGCCACGUGCUGCUGCGCCACAAGCGCAAGCCGCCCAAGGGCAUGUACAUCAACCACGACGACCUGGUGGCCAUGGCGUCGGGGCCGCCCGCCGCCGCCCCCUCCGCCCAGGGCGAGCAGAUGCUCAAGGCCAUGGACCGCGAGAUCGUGUCCCUGAAGCGCCAGGUGCAGAACAACAAGCAGACCCUGAGCUCCUUCAAGCGCAAGACGGGCGAGGGCAUCGACGAGUUCCGGCCGGCGGACAGCACCAGCCGCAUCAACGCCCGCUGGACCAACGACGAGCUGCUGCUGGCCGUGCAAGGGGUGCGUAAAUAUGGAAAGGACUUCCGUGCCAUUGCUGAAGUGAUAGGCACUAAAACAGAAGCUCAUAUGCGUAGUUUUUUCGUCAACUAUCGGCGACGUUAUAACCUGGAUGCUGUUCUUAAAGAAUUUGAAUCUGAAAAUGGGCCUAUUGUAGACAACGAUGAGAAAGAAGAAAAGAUGGAGACGGACGGAGUGUCGUCUGGCAGCGAGCCCAGCACCCCGACCCCGGGAGCCAGCUCCCCCGUCACCGUGGGGCAAGGCCACAGCCCCAGCAAGCAGGCCUACUCCAAGACGCCCAUCACCGCCUCGCAGGCCAGCAAGUGAUACUGGCUCUAGCGUGACACGUGGUGAGCAUCUCGCCAACCUCUGUGGUGAUUGUCGCACUCACUCGUUCUCUAUCUUUGUCUGUAGGAGUUGUCGAAACUUUAUGACUGGCGGUAAUCGUAGUGGUUUGUAUUUUUCAGGUAAACGUGCGUUAUAGGAAUCAUCUCGAAUAUUUCUAUCAAACCACCUGCAAUAUUUAUGACUAUUUUGUGGGGAAGAUGCAGAGACGCUCAGUUGUGUAAUGCGUACAACAAAUCAAAUAUUGCGGUGCAAUUGUAGUGACUAAAUGUACAGCAUAGUACGUACUGAAGAGUUUAAAAGCGCGGUUUUGAUGUCAAGAUACUACUGUAUUUCUGAAGAAAAAAAAAAAUUGUAUAUAUAUUGUUGUGAACAUGAGGUCAUAAAUGGAUAAAGGUACAUAUCAACAAACCAUUUGUCUGCAGUUAAAAACCAAAGAAAUACGAACUUGCAUUUGUCUAUUUCUUUACACGUCACGAAUCAUGUGUGCCUCAUUUCUGGUUGUAAGAUUAAGAAUACCUAGUGGCGGUUGUUGUUUUCUUUCGAUAGAAAACACAACGUGGUUCCAAAGUGCUUAUUCUACUGAUCUAUGUAUGUAUCUUUUAUUUUUCCAUUCUCUUAGACAUGUGUGUAUAGCUUUGUCCAUUUAUGGAUGUCUUGUAUUAAAACGUUGUAUAUAUACUGGUAACAUUAUAGGAUUGUGAGAAAUGUAAAACUAUAAAUUACGUAAAUUAUGCUAGGUUAUGUGUAAUGUUAACUAUUGUACAUAUAAAUAUAAUUCACUGUAGAGAAAUUGCACCAAUAAGAGUAGAGCUUAAUAUAUAACAAUUGUGUGUACAUUUUUUAUCUUAUUUAUUGUAAAAAAUCAUUAACUAUAAGGUUCCAAUGUGAUUUACUUUUUAAUUUUCCUGAAGAGUUCUCAGAUUUAUUCAAUCCACUGCCAGUCUUGACCUUCAUUUUGGUCAUACUGACCACUUUUGCCAUCUUCUUUAGUUAAUCACUUGUACUUGUAACUGUAGCUUGCUGCAUUAUGCAGUGUUUUGCUGUUUUACAAUUAAACUUGUAAGUAUUUUAUUCAUUUGUACUUUUAAAUUUGUUGUUUCAGUGCUGUUUUUUGGACUAUGUUUGUACUGGUGGCAACGUGAAAAAUGCUGCUGCUGUAUUGUCCAGAGUAAAAUAUGAUCAUGUAUUUUUAAGGUA